AUGCCACGUUUGGAAAGGGAAGCCACACAAGAUGAGUUUCUUUACGAUGAUCGUUGGAUCAAAGAGGUCGACAACCUGUUCAUAGACCUCCUUGCAGAGUCACACCUUGCUGGGGAAUGGAGACAUGUCAGACCAGGGUGGAAUGUCUUCACCUACUUUCGUGGUGUAUUGGUUGCAGAUGUCGGGGUAAACUUCACGGUCAGUGAAUUCCAGAAAAGGUUCGAUUUCCUUCACAAUUGGAUGCUACGAAAACAUGGGUUGCGCCACUGUGUCCAGUCCAACGUCCUCACGGCACCGGUAGUAGUGUGGGAUGAUAUCUUCGAGUUGUACGUGUUCUCGCUGAGUUCCCUCACCAAUGAACCACUAAUAAAUGGUUCAAUCGGAAACAAUGUUUGUCAUUCAAGAUCUACGCAAGAACGUGAGGCUUCAUCCGAAGGCUCAGUGAACACACACACCCGUGUGAGCAUUCAAAGGCAGGGGAGUCACCAUUGCGCAUUCCCCGACCACCAUGUAAGCCGGCCCCAUAUUCAUACAAAGGAUCUUAGUGACCCCCCUAACUGA